AUGUCGAACAAGGAUGGUGGUGAAGAAGUCAUACCUUUGGAUAAUAUACAAUUCUCAAAUUACGCGGAUUCCAGGCAUUGGUACAUGUUCAACAGAUGCGACGCGAAUCAAGAUGGACGCAUCUCCUUCGACGAACUGGCCGCCUACGUGGAAAACAACACCCGUGACUGCGGCUUCCUGCCGGAGCGCGUCCUGCAGAAGAUCUACAAAAAGGCGGACGCCAGCGGCGACGAGCAGCUGAACUUCGAGGAGUUCGAGCAGUUCUUGCAGACCAAGGACUUCCAGUAUCUCUUCCACAGCGGCGUUUCGACGUACCUCCGCCAUUUGGUGCCGCACCGGAAGGCGGCGGUGGAGCGGUACUCGGCGCGUUCGCUGACCGCCGCCCCGGACGAGCCGAAUUUGUGCGACCAGUACUCCUGUUGCCCGCCCCCGGUGUUCAUGUUCCUCAUUUCCAUGCUGGAGCUCGCGUUGUUCCUCACCGACGAACUAACGCAGAAGGACUCCACUUUGAGCGCCACCGGCGUUACAGCGAGGUAUCUGAUUUACGAUCCGGAUCGUAAGCAGGAGGUUUGGAGGUUCCUGACUUACAUGUUCGUGCAUAUCGGGUAUAUGCACAUAAUUACAAACUUAAUCGUCCAAUUGCUACUCGGAGUUCCUUUGGAGAUGGUUAAUAGAUGGUGGAGAGUGUUGUUGAUUUAUUUCCUGGGAGGGAUCGCAGGGUGUUUGGCUCAUGCAGUGAUCGAUGGUAGAGUCCGGUUAGGAGGAGCUAGUGGUGGUGUAUACGCGAUUCUCGCGGCCCAUUUAGCGCAAGUUAUUAUAAAUUGGAACGAUUUACCCUACGCGUAUUUGCAAUUUAUCGUCUUCGGAUUGCUGAUAUUCGUCGAUUUGGGCACCGCGUCGUAUUAUCGGUACUACGAAGGUGUAGUGAACGAAAUCGGUGUCACCUGCCACUUGGGUGGAGCCCUAGCCGGGAUGUUGGCAGGGAUAUACAUAUUGAGAAACGUGCACGUUACUACAGGGGAAAAGGUAAUAUGGUGGGUCGCUUUGGUUAUCUAUGUAUUGCUGAUGAUAGCCGGAAUAAUCGCCGUAAUUUUAACAUAA